AUGGUGUGUUCUCUUUGUACGCGAAGUACACGAGGAGAAAGAUCAUCAGGUCAGAGCAGCUCCCAUGGCGGGAGAAGCAGCUACAGCUGGAGCGGUGGCGAUGGGGUUGACGCGGGCCAACGUUCAGACCCGGUCGAGACAACGCCGCGGCCAUCACGGCGUCCCCCGGCAGCAGAAAGAAACAGCUAUUCGCAGGAGGGAGAAAUGGCGAUGGCCGCUUCAGGAAUACCACUCGAACCGGCAGUGUUCGGACCGCCCCAAAACCCAAACCUUGCCGGUCAAGACGAAAGCGCUGGGGGCGCGGAGAAGGGAUUUUUCUGUCGGGUGUGCGGGGAGCGCGUGGCGUCGCUCUCCGAGGAGAAGCACAACACCUCGACGCUGCACAUUUUCAACCAGCAGCACAGGCCGCAGGGGAGGAAGGUGCAAAUCCACGAAAGCAACAAGGGUUUUCAGCUGCUCGCGGGCAUGGGCUGGAAGCUGGACGAGGGCCUCGGCUCCCGGAAGCAGGGCCGCGUGAAUCCCCUGCAGACCACGUUCAAGCGGGACACGACCGGCCUGGGGGCCGGCGGAAAGCUGCGCCCCCGCGUCACCCACUUCCCGUCGCACGUCCCGUCCCAGGCGCUCAACGCUCCGGACGGGAAGAGCGACGCGGUAAGGGCGCACGAGAGACUCGACCGGGGACGGCUCGGCGGCGGCGGCGGCGGCGGCGGAGGGAGACGGCGGCGCGCCCGGGAUGGUGGUGGGUGUAGUGGCAACCGGUUAGACGCUUCAGGCGAAUCGAGCGGCGUUAACGCCGAACCCUCUGCAAGGGCAGGAGGGGGAGGAGCUGCGGGUGACUCAUGGGGCGGGUUUUGGGGGCAGGGAACACAUUCAGGAAGUGGUGGCGGUGGCAGCGGCGGCGGCGGCGGAUGCCGUUCUACGGGUGAAAGCACUGCUAGCUCGGGGGGGGCAGGGCGAAGGGAAGGGAGAGGCAAGAGUGGACACGAGACGGGCUCUUUCCUGACCAGGAGGGAACGCGAGGCGGAGUUGGAGCGGGAGAGACGGAAAGAGCGAACGGCGAGGUUCGAACUCCUUUCUGACGUGCCGGAAGAAUACGCCGCCCUUUUUACGGGCUGA